AUGACUGGCGGCAAGUCUGGCGGCAAGGCUAGCGGUUCCAAGAACGCGCAGUCCCGUUCUUCCAAGGCUGGUCUGGCCUUCCCCGUUGGCCGUGUCCACCGUCUGCUCCGCAAGGGCAACUACGCCCAGCGUGUCGGUGCCGGUGCUCCCGUCUACCUGGCUGCCGUCCUUGAGUACCUCGCUGCUGAGAUUCUCGAGUUGGCCGGUAACGCCGCCCGUGACAACAAGAAGACCCGUAUCAUCCCCCGUCACCUCCAGCUUGCCAUCCGCAACGAUGAGGAGCUGAACAAGCUCCUGGGCCACGUCACCAUCGCCCAGGGUGGUGUCCUCCCCAACAUCCACCAGAACCUCCUCCCCAAGAAGACCCCCAAGGCCGGCAAGGGCAGCCAGGAGCUGUAA